GCGGCCUCACGCCCUCUGCUUCCUCUCCUCCCCCCCCCCCGCUCUCCAUCGCAUUCCACAUCCGAAAUGCCCCAUCUCUCUUUGUCUCCCUGAUCCCACCCCAAAUCUGACAUCCCCUAAUCAGCUGACACAUAUCGACGCAAGUCCUCCCCUCUUGCCCGCCGGGACGCAUGAGCGACUCCCAAGACCACUGAUUGCUCGACAAACAGAUCCUCCUGCCAAACUCAAACUCGUGCCUACGAGGGACUCCUCAUCUAGCCAAGAGUUCAGGACAGUAUCUCAAGAAAAAGAAAUUAACAAUCUUCAAGUUGCAUCAUGGGCUUGUGCACUUGGUUAAUUAAUUGGGAGGAACUCUGAGGUUGGCCGGACAUGGUUGAUAGAGAUGACAGACCCCAAAUUCAACUUUCCCAGGACAAGGAGGCUUAAAGGCACUAACUUGUAGCAAAUGAAGUUAUUAAAAUCCAGUGUGCUGGACAGCCGAGACAGAUUCCCAAACAAUUGAUCAAGCUUGCUCAAGUUGCUACUAACUUCCACAUCUCUACUCCAUAGAUCGGUUUUGGUGGCUCCUGUCCCCUUACUGCGUGGAUACGGUGUGUGAUGGCUCGACCUCAACCUAGCAUUGACCCGGUCUGAUCUCAUUCUUGGAUUGGGGUUUUGUUCUUGGUGUUUUUUUUUUUUGGAUCGGUUCGACAUGGCAGAUCAACAUUUUAACUUGGCAGAAGGGAGGCAGCUCACUUUAUUUCAAACCCUAGUGGUAUUGGUGAGAGCUACUGAGAAUAUUCUAUUCCCCCUACCAAUCUUGAUUCAAAGCCCAAGGUGUCUUCCCUGUGGCCUUCUCUGAUCUCAAUCAUCUCCUGCGCUGGCAAACAAACAAGAAGUGGAUUUAUCUGAUCCAAGAUGUAUGGGAGACGAGCAUCCCAGCUACUGCGAGAAUUAGCAUGCUCUGAAACUGGACAGCUCACAGCUUUCAAUAGUGAUGCAUUUGAUCAAGUCAUUAAAGAAUGUAAUGAGCACAACCUGCAACUUCAGUCCUUGAUCAGGAAAAUUGAGGAUGAGAACUUGGAUAUACAAACAACAAGAAAUGAGGAUCAUUUUGGUGCGGUCAUACAUCAUCUUUCCUUGAUCCGCAACAAACGUUGUCUCAUGGCUUACAUGUAUAACCGAGCAGAAACCAUUCAGAGCUUGAGAUGGAAAGUGGGCCCUGUACUUCCCCAGGAAAUUCAGGAAAAGCUCAAUUAUUCAGAAGAAGAGUGCUUUAAAAAUCAUUCUGCGGCGAUACAGUCCUACAUGUCGGAGUUGGAUCUUGAUUUGACUGUGGAUAUGGUUCCUCCAAAGGAUCCUUACAUCCGUGUUAGGGUACUUGAUGACAUUGGAGAAGUGUGUCUUGGGGAUCAUUCGAUAUCUCUCACUAAACACUCGCUGCAUUUCCUUCGGCGCACUGAUGCUGAACCAUUUAUCUCACAGGGCAUGAUGGAAGAGUUUUUGGAGUAGUGUUAGUGUCUCGGAGGAUAAUGAAAAAUGGUACCUUUCCUUUAUUUGGUGAAAUUUUACCUUUAGUUUUCCAGUAUCAUCCAGUCACUGAAGUUGAGAAAUCGACCUAUUGGCUACGGCUGACGUUGCAUCAAUUUUAAGUUGCAAAUUUUAAACCUGUGUUUCCAAACAAUUUGUGUGAAAGGAUAUUGAUGAAGCAGUUGGUUUCACAUCA